AUGGCACAAACUUCAGAAUCAGGAAAGACCAACUUAAAGGAAGUGAAUUCCAUAACCACUAGAUCUGGAAAAGUCAUAGAACUAACCCCCAAACCUAGGGAAUGUGAGAAGGAUCCCAGUAUCAUAGAAAAGAGCACCCCUAGUGAGGAGGUAGUGAAAAAUCCGUCUAGAGUACCCUUUCCUCAAGCCCUCAAGUCAACCUCAAAAUCUUCUAGUCAACAUAGUGAAAUCUUAGAGCAUCUCAAGCAAGUAAAAGUCAAUCUACCUCUCUUGCACGUGAUUCCCCAGGUCCCCAUAUAUGCUAAAGUCCUUAAGGACUUGUGUACUGUAAAAAUGAAGCACCGUGUCAAGAAAAUUGCCUUCUUGACUAAACAUGCGAGUGUCGUAAUUGAACAAAAAGUCCCACCAAAGUAUAAGGACCCUGGUUGUCCUAUUGUUUCUUGUAUCAUAGGGAACCAUGAGAUUGCACAAGCUCUCUUCGACUUAGGGGCUAAUGUCAACAUCAUGCCUUAUGCUAUAUACUUGGCGUUAGGUCUAGGUGAGAUCAAACCAACUAUAGUGGUCCUACAAUUGGUUGAUCGGUCCACUAUUAAACCUAGGGGGGCAGUUGAAGAUGUACCAGUACAGAUUGACAAAUUUUGCUACCCUGUGGACUUUUUGGUUUUAGAUGUGAAAGUAGAUGUGAAUGUUAACUCCAAGAUUCCCAUUAUUCUUGGUAGACCUUUUCUCGCUAUAACUAACGCUCUUAUCAAUUGGAGGAAUGAUUUGAUGAAGCUAUCUUUUGGGAACAUGACCUUAGACGUCAACAUCUUUCACGUCAUGAAACAGCUUGAGGAAGAUGAUGAGUGUCAUCAAACAUACAUGACUGAUGCACUCGUUAAGAAGGAAGCACAUGCGCUUAUUGACCCCGACCCUUUAAAUUCUUUCUUUUUAAAUUCUGAAAUUCCUGCAAGGUAUGAUAAUGGAGAAUAUGCUAAUAUUUAUGUUGCUUUUAAUGAUUUUUAG